AUGCCCCUCUGCUUAAAGUGCCAGCGCUGGUCUGACCAUGCACUUGUUGGUGAUGCUUGUCAUGACUGCUUCAAAUUCCUUGGAUUUAAUGUCGACAAGAUGACUCAUCUGUUUUCAGGGACAAACCCACCACCCGCACCUUCCACUGCCUUGAAUAAUUUACCACCUCCCCAUACACUCCCAUCUGCACAAAAUAGUCAGAUAAAUACUACAACUGCUCCUUCUCAUAAUCACUCUACAACCAUUUUAAACACUCGAGCCACACAGAGCACUUUAAAUGUUCUGAAACCACCGUCCAAUCUACCUGCCCCCUUCCCUAGUCAUCCCAAUGUAACCACAUCUGUCCCCACCAUCGAUUCUGGUUCCAUGGCACAUUUUCGUAGAAUUGUGAAGGAAAAGCGUGUCAAGCCCACCAGCUCUGGCCCUAGUUCUAAACAAGCCAAACCCAGUGUGACCAUGCCCACUCCACCAGCUCCAGCAAAUUUGAUUAAACACCGUGAUUUUGGAUUCCAUCUAUAUGAAUCUGAUAUACUUGUUAAAAACACCGGAAUCCAUCAAAUCAAGCAACCCUAUGACUUAGAUAAUCCCAAUCUCUACAAUGACCUUUGCACCAGCCUUUGGGCCAUGUUUUCUCCUCAAAUCUUGACCAAAACACACUUCACUUCACUUCCAUCCAACCCCAAAGAUUACCUCUGCCUCAGUGAUGGUGAAUCUCGCAUUCCGGAUCAAGAGACCCUUCUUGGAACUGUCAUUGCUUGUGGAAACAAAAGUCUCGCCAGCAAAAUGGAAUUGCUCAGCAAGCCUAUGCCAUCCUACUUGCAUAUCAACACUGACAGUUGGAUCCUUGCUCAAAGGCUACUUUUGGAUAAUAUUGAAACUACAAAGGCCACAACUGAAUCAAUCAUCAUCAAAGUCAACAAACGAGAAGUCAUUGGUUCUGGAGGAAUUCAUGAAGUUGAAAUCAUCACCGAUUAUGUUGCCAAGGUGAUGAAAGACAUCCAACACCAAUCCCUCAAACUCCAUGCGGCCAACGCACGCAUGUAUGAGGCAUGUGCAGUUCUUUUGGAAGAGUAUCUAUCAGUAAUUGAGGCUUGCCAAGGCCUUCCAAUGAACACCAAAGCUAAGGCAAAGCAGAUGCAGAUUAUCCGACACUCUGUGGUUUUCACUGGUGACAUCUUUUGUCCAACUGACAUAUACUUCUUUGAGAAACACUUACCCGGAAAAUAUGUUAAAUACUCAAGCAACACUGAUUUCAAUAUUACUGUCGACCAAAUCAGAAUGGAUCCCAAAGUAUUCCAACUCAUGAAUACAUUUACUCAUUGGACUUAUAACAUCUCAAAUGGAAAGAAUUUGGUUGCAGACUUGCAGGGUGUUGGUCCACACAUAACCGACCCACAAAUUAUUGACUUGGAUGAAUCGCUCUGGACCCUAGGAAACAAUUCGGCGGAUGGAAUUAAGGCUUUUAUUUGAGAUCACCUGUGUAACAAAGUUUGCCAAGCCAUAGGCCUCCCCAAAGUUGGUGACUCCGAAUGGGAAAUCAUUAUUCCCCAAGAUAGCUCUAAUCAACCAGCUGAAUCCCAAACUUCCAACCAAAACCCACAUCCUUUGAGAGGAUCUCGUCCCAGUGGUUCUUUGACCCACUUAAUUGCAGAUUCUGAUGACGAUGGUGUUCUCCCAGAUCCCAAUACUUUUUUCGCCACACAUUCCGUACAAAACACCAGUACCUAGUUUAGAUUCCUUGACAUCUUACCAAUCAAUAUUGGUACUGAUUGGUAGACUUUUCCCCAGAUGAGACAACUGUCACUCAGUUUUCAUGUUUCCUAUUUCCUAUAAUACUUUAAUAACUCCCACUAAGCUUUUGACUUCAAGUUCUGACUUUUACUUUGGCA